AUGUCGACUGCCGAGCUCGCCAGCGCUUACGCCGCUCUCAUCCUCGCCGACGAUGGCAUCGAGAUCACUGCCGACAAAUUGAACACCCUCAUCAAGGCCGCCGGUGUUGCUGACGUCGAGCCCAUCUGGGCCACCCUCUUCGCCAAGGCUCUCGAGGGCAAGGAUGUGAAGGACCUGCUUCUGAACGUUGGCUCUGGCGGUGGCGCCGCUGCUGCUCCUGCUGCUGGUGGUGCCGCUGCCGGAGGUGCUGCCGCCGCCGAGGAGGCUCCCAAGGAAGAGGAGAAGAAAGAAGAGGGUACGUCUGCGGCCAUCCUGGUUCUAAGACAUCGCUUUCCUGCCCCACGAGGGACACACAUACCCGAUUAUUUCUGA